AUGAACACAGAGACGGCGAACGCCCAGGAUGCGCGCGUUGACGCACUAUGGAAGACACUCGACACGCGGAAACAGGGGGCGCUGGACCUCGCAGCCCUUAAGAAAGGGCUGCGCAAGCUGGAUCACCCUCUGAAAAAUGCGGAUCAGCUCCUGGCCGAGGUGAUGAAGGCGGUAGACACGGAUGGAGACGGGCGGAUCCAAUACAACGAAUUCCGUACCUUCGUCAGAGAGACCGAAAAGGAGCUGCUGGCGCUGUUCAACAGUAUUGAUUACAACCACGACGGCAAGAUAUCGAAGGAGGAACUCCGUGUCGCCUUCGGUCGUGCUGGGCUUGCGGUUCCCAACAGCAAACUGGAUAGCUUCUUUGCAGAAGUUGACACCGAUAGUGACGGGACUCUCAGCUUCGAGGAAUGGCGCGACUUCCUUCUUUUCAUUCCCGCGGGCGCACCGAACCUCAGGGCUGUCUUAACCUACUUCCAAGCCUCAACUCACAUUAACCCAGAGGGUGACGUCCUUAUUAGCGACGACACUAUCCAUGGUCUAGGUAUUGCACAAAAAUUUCUUCACGCUCUCUUUGGAUCUAUUUUCCUCAUAGCAAGAACCCCGCCCCACUCUUCUCCUUCGUCCGAUUACAUUGAAUCGUUCCAAAUGGUUUCGCCGGCCGAAGCUUCGCGUUCUGCGGUUUCGCAAACCCUCCCGCCACGUUACGAUGUUGAGGACCUGCAUGUUCCCAUUGCCGAGGCCCAGAAAGGGCUUAUUGAAGGCUUCAAAUCCGUGCUGAUUGCUUGUGUUCCCAAUCCAGGCUAUUUCGUGGCGGGAGGCGUUGCAGGAAUUGUAUCUCGCACCUCGACCGCUCCCCUCGACCGUCUCAAAGUCUACCUCAUCGCCCAGACCAACGUUACCAAAGAGGCCGUCGCCGCUGCGAAAUCAGGCAACGUAUUUCGCGCAGCGCUCAAUGCAUGGCGGCCUCUUGCCGUAGCCACGAAGGAGCUAUGGCAGGCCGGUGGCAUGCGCAGUCUUUAUGCUGGAAACGGUCUCAAUGUGGUCAAGGUGAUGCCGGAGUCAGCGAUCAAGUUUGGAUCUUAUGAGGCUGCCAAACGCGUCUUUGCCAAACUUGAAGGCCAUAAUGAUCCCGCCAUCAUCCAUUCCUGGUCGAAAUUUGUAGCCGGUGGGCUUGCAGGGAUGGUGUCGCAAUUCGCCGUCUAUCCCAUCGACACACUCAAAUUUCGCAUGCAGUGCGAAACGGUUUCCGGCGGACUGCACGGCAACCGGCUCAUCAUCGCUACCGCCAAGAAGAUGUGGCGCACUGGUGGCUUCGUAUCAUACUAUCGCGGCCUGCCAAUGGGACUUUUCGGCAUUUUUCCAUAUGCCGCCCUUGACCUCGGAACGUUCGAGUACCUCAAGCGGACUAUUGCAGCCCGCACUGCCCGGAAACGAGGCUGCCACGAAGAGGACGCUCAACCAGGUGGCUUCGUCACCGCAGCCAUUGGCGGGUUCUCUGGCGCCUUCGGAGCAAGCGCCGUGUAUCCACUGAACCUCCUUCGAACCCGUCUUCAGAGCCAGGGCACUGUCCUCCAUCCUCGGACCUAUACUGGCAUCAUGGACGUCACCCGCCAGACACUCAAAGGUGAAGGCGUGAGAGGUCUGUUCAAGGGUCUUACACCGAACCUUCUGAAGGUUGUUCCAGCUGUAUCUAUUACCUACGUUGUCUACGACAAGUCAAAGAAGGCUCUAGGUCUCCGAUGA